AUGCAUGGACAGCGGACAUGGUUUCUGCCUCAUCAUGGUGUGGUGAACCCCCAAAAACCGGACAAAGUACGCGUCGUCUUUGAUGCUGCUGCGAAGACAGAUGGUGUAUCUCUGAACAGCCAACUCUUACAAGGGCCGGACUAUACCAAUAGUUUAUUGGGAGUUUUGCUGAGAUUCCGGGAGUACCACAUAGCAAUUGUCGGCGAUAUUGAGGCGAUGUUCUUACAGGUCGCAGUCCCCGAUGAAGAUUCAGACUCGCUACGGUUCUUCUGGUGGCCCGAUGGAGAUUUAGACAAGCCCCUUCAGCAGUACAAAAUGCUGAGGCACAUAUUUGGUGCCACAGACUCACCGAGUUGUUGCAACUACGCAGUGAAACGUACCGCAGAGGACAAUAAGGACCAGUAUAGUGAGGAUACAGUCACAACCGUUGAACGUGAGACGUAUGUCGAUGACCUCCUUAGGUCUCUCAACAUGACAACGCAAGAAGCCAUCCAACUGACCAUAGAAAUAAUCGACAUGCUCGCCAAGGGAGGAUUUUGUAUUACGAAGAUCUACAGUAACGUGAGAGAGAUUUUGAGGGCCAUCCCUCAGAAUGAACGAGCCAAACCUACCCUCGAUUUGGAUUUAGAUGAGCUGCCCGUCGAACGUGCCCUAGGUGUUGAAUGGAAUACUGAGGAGGACGUCUUCCAGUUCAAGGUCCAGCUGCAAGAGAAGCCGAUGACCAAACGUGGAGUGUUAUCUACCCUUUCAUCUUUGUACGAUCCCAUCGGAUUUGUUUGCCCCGUAGUCCUUGAGGCAAAGCAAAUCAUGCAGCGAUUGUGGCAAGCCAAGGUAGGAUGGGAUGAUCCCAUUCCAGAGAACGAGUUGGCAGCAUGGGAUGAUUGGCUCACCGGUCUGUCGGCGAUUUCUCGGAUCAAGAUUCCUAGAUGCUACCUCAAGUUCCAGAUUGAAGUAAAGGAAAUUAGCCUGCAUCACUUCUCUGACGCAUUAGAGAAGGGCUACGGCAUGUGUGCCUACCUAAGGAUGGUAUACCAAGAUGGGAGCAUCAGUUGUUCAUUCCUGACGGGGAGGAGUAGAUGUGCACCCUUACGUCCGAUGUCGAUUCCCAGGCUUGAGCUGCAAGCCGCAGCACUGUCAGUCAAGAUGUAUUUGACUGUCAAUGAGGAGUUGACCUACCCCAUCAAUGGAGUGGUUUUUUGGACUGACUCUAUGACAGUACUACAGUACAUUAAGAAUGAAUCCAAGCGAUUCCACACGUACGUCGCCAACCGGAUAGCUGAUAUUCGUGAUGCCACCAUUCCCAACCAGUGGAGACACUGUCCGGGAGUGUCGAACCCAUCCGACUUUGCAUCAAGGGGACUUUCCCCUCAGAAACUAGCCAGUCAAGACAGAUGGUGGAAUGGCCCAGAGUUCCUGUGGCAGGAUGAAGACCAGUGGCUGAAUAGUGAAGUCCAACCACUAGCAGAAUCUGACCCUGAGGUACGCAAGGGAAGUCAGCAGGUCUGUCAAGUCUCGACAAGGGUCAAGGACACUGAGAUGGUAGCGCCUGAACAGCAUGGAUUGAGCCGUGUAAUCCACUACUACGGUUCAUGGAAGUUUCUGCUGAGAAUGGUUGCCUGGUUGCUACGGUUCUGUCAAUGGAUCAAGGACAAGAAACAAGUCACUGUCCCAGGUGGCCUGUCUGUCGAGGAGAUUCAAGGGGCCGCCAGGGUCGUCUCUCGUAUUGUCCAAGCUGAAACCUUUGCCGAAGAGAUCGCCACAAUCAAAGCAGGGGAUGAAAUCAAGGAAGGGAGCAAACUGACCAAUCUGAGGCCAAUCGUCGUUGACGGAUUGCUCCGAGUUGGGGGUCGCUUAGAAAGAGCUGUCAUCCUAUCCUGGGACGAGAAACACCCAAUCAUUUUGCCUCGUGAUCACCCUGUGAUUGUCAGGGUCAUGCGACAUUACCACGAGAAGCUUGCUCACGCUGGUAGAGAACAGACUCUAGCCGAGUCCAGGCUAGAGUUUUGGGUUAUCCGAGGGAAAGGACCGGCUAAGUCGAUCGUCAGAAACUGCAUCAAGUGUCGUAUUGCCAACGCGCGUGUCAUGGAGCAGUUGAUGGGACAGUUACCACCCUGUCGCCUCGUACCAUACCAACCACCGUUCACAUUUACGGGAGUCGACUUCUUCGGGCCUAUGCAACUCAAGUGGGGACUCAACAAGACCAAGAUAUGUUGGGGAUGUCUAUUCACUUGCCUCAACUCACGAGCGGUGUACCUGGAAGUGGCGCCUUCAUUGAGUACGGAUGACUUCAUCAUGGUGUUGCGUCAAUUCAUCUGUCGCAGGAGGCCGCCAGAGGAGAUCAGAUCUGAUCACGUAUCCAACUUUGUGGGAGCCAAUCGGGAACUGCAGGAGUCCGUUGCUGAAUGGAAUCACGAGAAAAUCCAGAAAGAGCUACAACAGAAAGGGGUUAAAUGGGAGUUCCAUCCCCCUACUGCUGCCCAUAUGAGUGGAGUCUGGGAGAGAUUGGUCCAAUCUACGAAGCGUCAUCUCAGGGUUCUUGCUGAGGACCGAUUGUUGACUGAAUUCCAGCUUAGGACACUAUUUGCUGAAGUCGAAGCCAUCCUCAACAAUCGACCUCUUUGUGCUGUGUCUGAGGACAUCAAUGAUUUGGAGGCCUUGACACCGAACCAUUUGUUGCUGCAGCGGAAAGUGGCAGGUCUGCCACCAGGGGUGUUCACGAAGGAGGAUGGCCUCCGUAGGAAAGAAUAG